AACAUCAGCACUGGCAGCACAACACUAUCGCCCCUAACCUAGACACCAACGGUUCCUGCAGAACACCUCACGCCACACCACUUAUUAGAGGUCCCAUCACGUGUCUCUCCUCAUACGGAUAAGGAAUCACCGACAGCAUACUAAGGACAACAACCAAAAGUACAGACCAUAGAACACCUGCAAAACCACCGCCAAGUCCUGAGCUGACCCUUCAACUGAGUCCUUCAGCUGUGAUUCCUCCAUCAGGGUGACAUGCGGCGCCUGUUCCUACUCUCCCUCCUGUCCUUGGCGGCCAUUUUGCUCACUCACAUAACGAACGCUCAAAAAGGUAACUGUGGCGGGAAGGUGAAAGUGCUGACGUUGAACAGGGACGGGGCUCAGCGGGGCAACACCCUGGCUGAGUACGGGGAGCCCAUCGCUGUGAGGGGAGACUACACGCUUUGUCUUCGCUUCAAUAUCAUCGUCUUCCGCCUCCUGACCGCCGUGAUCUAUAUCCUUGACCAGAAAGACUAUGACGAACUACCAAUAUCGCUGGACGUGUAUUUCGAGAAGAUAAGGACCAAGUACGGAGGUUAUGGAAGAUUUUACCCGCUGCCCAACAACCUGGCCACUAACAAAUGGUACUUCUACUGCCAGACCAGGAACAGCUCUGGGGGUGAAGGUCGCGUUUACCUAGACGGGGAGUUACUAGUGCAAGAGACGAUUGCUUUUGCCACUGACGAAGCCGUGCGAGACACUAUCAUGGGACAAGACGAGUACAUGCCGCCGUAUUCGAUGAGCGGCCAGCUGAGCCAAGUUAACAUGUGGCGUCGAGUGCUCAGUCACGAGGAGAUCCUGUCGCUGACCCGCUGCGAGGUGGACCUGGAAGGGGACAUCAUCAGUUGGUCGGGGCCUUGGAAGGUUUACAACGCCGAGGAAAAGUACGUAUCGAUGCCGGAACUGUGUCAAUCGGUGAAUCGGGGUCGCAUGACGGUGCCGCUGCCGUCACUCCGCUACCAUGACUCCGUCCAGCUAUGCCGCGGACUGAGGGGUUACUUCGACGUGCCAGCGACCAUGGCCGCUGUGUACGAGAGCAAAAAAUUCUUCGAAGGUGUUUCAGAUUGUGCGAGAGUGUGGGCUGGCGCAGACGAUGAGGCGGUGGAAGGCGUGUGGCACAAUCCUUUCACAGGCGUCAACAUGGACCCGAGCGAGAUGGCCUUCAAGAUACACAACCCAGACGGCGACAAGUAUCAGAACUGUAUCUUAUUGCGUGACUCGGGACUCUUGGACACUGACUGCAAGAAACACAGCUGCGCCGCCUGCCACACCACCGCCGGGAGCACCUGGACGCUAAGGGGCACAUGUGAGGAGGAGGAGCGCAUGUAUUACUUCGACUUGGUUGCCUUGCCAAUGUCCUUCCGCGGCUACGGGGAAUACAGGGUGAGGAAGGUGGAGGACACGUGGGUGUGGUACAACUCCGUCACCAACACCACCAUGGCUACGCUGUCGCCACUCAGCCUCAACUACCCGGUCGGGAGACUCACUUGGGACCUUAAGGCAGAGGUGUGUGGGCAAGAGGGCGGCCAGCGCAUGCUCACCCUCUCCCCUUGUGUCCCGGGGGAGUUCACUUGUGACGACGGAUCCUGCAUCGCCUUCUCCAAGCGUUGUGACCUUAAGUUCGACUGCAAAGACAAGACGGACGAGAGCUUCUGUGACAUUGUUAAUUUCCCCGGUGACUACAGGUCGCGACUGCCGCCCCGUCCCGCAUCGGACGAGGCGCUACCCAUCGCGGUGUCGGUCUCCAUGGACACCCUGAACAUCGACACCACCACCAUGUUGCUCUCCGUCAGCUACAACCUGCGCAUGACCUGGCUGGACAACAGACUCACCUACAACAACCUCAAGCCACUCACCCGUCUCAACACAGUAUCGCAGGAGCAGGUGGCGCAGCUGUGGCGUCCGCAGGUUGGCUUCAUCAACACGGACGACAUACAGCAGACCAAGGUGGACGAGGAUGCCGUUACCACAGUCUUCAGGCAGCACAAGGUCUACACCCCCAACCUGGCUAAUCCCUAUGAAGUGGAAAUCUACCGCGGCGACACCAACCCUUUGUCUACCUCACGUAAAUACUUCACCAUCUACACCUGUAACUUCGACCUGGUCCUCUACCCUUUCGACAUUCAAAAGUGUUACCUGCGACUUCAAAUCAUCUCUGCUUCCUCUGAGUACCUCGUCUUCAACAUCAACGACUCUACGGUCAACUAUUUUGGCGAGAAGUUCCUAGUGGAGUAUGGCAUUGGGAAGAUCGACUUAAAGGAGGGUGACGGCGGCCAGUACAGCGAGAUACAGGUGCAAGUUGAGCUGAUUCGCCGCUACGGGUUUGCCAUGCUCAACAUCUACAUCCCUUCAGUCACGCUUCUCACCAUUAGCUAUGUCACGCUUUACUUCAGGCCGACUAUCUUCGAGGUGCGCGUCAUGACUGCCCUUACCGCCCAGCUGGUGCUUGCCACACUCUUCACACAGGUGUCCACGUCGCUACCCAAGACUUCCUACUUUAAGAUGGUCGACAUUUGGCUUCUGUUCUGCAUCUUACUCAUAUUCUUCAUCAUCAUCUUCCACACGAUCAUCGAUCUCAACCUGGACUACGGCGACGGGUCAUUCACAUCCAGCAAUCCUCUCCCAAAGAUUUCCACGGGGAGCAUAGGAGUGACGCGCGUCAGUCCCAUCAACGCAGACGGCAAAGAAGAGAAAAAGGACUACAAAGAAAUGUUCAAACUCGCUUUCUCAGCCAAUGAUGUGAAAUUUUACAUCAUCUUCUCCAAAUGCACAAUUUUCACCAUCUUCCUGCUGUUCAACGCUAUUUACUGGGGCACGUUGGCCAAAGACUCGGGUUUGGUGUACUACUACUGAGGAGGGACCGUCUCUAUCUGUUGCGAGAGUCUUGUUCUUGCUUCGUGGCUCGUGGCUCACCACUGUGCUGCAGAGUAAUUGAAUGGACUUCUAAUCCAUCCCGCCGCUCCGUUUUGUAUGUUUAUUCCUUCACCACAAAGCAAGAGGUCACUUGAAAUAAUGACACUGUACCUUCACACACACGUGUAGCCCCUGUUCACCUAGCAGUGAGUAGGUACGGGAUGUAAA